AUGCGAUGCAUCUAUGAUCAAGGCAAGGAGUUCACGGGUGGUGCUUUUCAAGACAUGUUGCUCAAACAUGAGAUUGAAACACACCCUAUCUCCGUGAGGAGUCCACAAGGAAACUCAAUAGUAGAGAGACUUCAUCAGUCUAUAGCCAAUUCACUACGAAUCCUGACGUAUGUUCAUCCACCUGAAAACGAUCAAGGGUCUAGGAUAUUGAUAAGCACAACUUUGCAAACAGCAGCCUAUGCUGCUCCUGCUAUGAUGCACAGCACCAUGCAACUGUCACCAGGCGCGAUGAUUUACGGAAGAGACAUGAUGCUCAACAUUCCCAUAGAAGCAGACUUUCAGUUGCUUCGACAGCGUCGUGAAGCACGCAUCAACUAUAACUUGUUGCAAGAAAAUAAGCGUCGUAUCCAUUGCGAUUAUCAGGUCAACGACCAAGUACUCAAGUUUGUUCCACAACCGAACAAGAUUGAGAAUAGGGCCGAAGGCCCAUACACUAUCACUAGGGUACACAUUAAUGGUUCUAUCACCAUUAGGCUUAGUCCACAUGUGGAAGAACGGAUCAAUAUCCGUCAGGUAAAACCACACCAACAAUGA